AUGGCUGAAACUGAUACACCGGUCGUUGAAGUAUGGUACAAUGGGAUGUUCAUCAAGAAACCACUAAUCUAUUUUGAUCCAGAUAAAAAGGAGAUAAUGUACGCCGAUUUCAGGGAGAUGGGGUAUGCUGAAUUCAUUGCGCACCUCAACGUGAUUACUAGAAGAAUAUGCAAAGAUGUAUACUAUUGUCCAGAUGGGCAAACAUUGUGUCAAGGAUUGGCUGCAUUGCAUAACGAAUGUGAUUACCACGAAUUUCAUGAGUGUCUCCAUGAGAAAAAGAAAGUAAAUCUGUAUGUGGACCAUAUGCAUGAACCCUUGUUCGACUGGAUUGAAAUGGAAGAGCCUGGAAUUGAAGAUGAUACCAACUCCAAAGCAGAUGAAGAUGUUGAUUCAAUGUUAAUAGAUAAAGACUGA